AUGUAAACAAAACGCGUUAACAGUGAGCGGUGUUGAUUGAAGUGAUUAAAAGCAGUAAAAUGUCUUUCAGAGGGUUUUUAAACGCUAAAAACAGGAUUUCCAAAGAGGACAAAGAGUUUAACGAGUUAAAGAAUAAAGCAGCGGAGUAUUACAGAGCUAACGGAGUACCUCAGAGACUAGAAGAUGUUCUAAGUGAGAUGUUCAUGGUGAAGCCACGUGACAUUUAUGGAUACCUGGCGAACUACUUUUCAAGGUUGGCACACACACCCACGAUCAGCGCAGUGGUCGGCAGAGAGGUGUAUGACAGCAGAGGGGAGGUAGCGCUGCAAGUGGAUGUGUACUGCAUCAUCAGGAAUGAAGAGAAGCUGGUCUGCAGUGCAGUGGUUAACAGUGGGAAUGAAGAUGUCAUGGACUCAGGGAAUGCAGUUGCCAAUGGUAACCAUCGUCAAGCAUCUGUGGCAGUGGCACUGGAAUGGAUCAGAGAGCACCUGAGCCCCAUGCUGCAUGGCGUUAACCCCGGCCUCCAAACCCACCUGGACAAAUUGCUCAGCGAUUUCUAUAUGGCCCGAUACCUUGAGGACCAGGAUGCUCGUAACCAGGAGAUACAGAUUAAAGAAGAGGGGAGGACCGAGUCGGUACCCGAGGACGUUCCGCCUUCUGUUCAAGCGCAAAGCAAAGACAAAAAGGGAGGAGAAAAAGGAAAGAAAGAAAGCGCCCCAGAGAAACCACUCCCUCCUCCGGAGCUGCCAGCGCCUGUGUUGCCGGGGGCAGUGGCAGUGGCUGCCGUGUCCCUCGCAGUAGCCAAGACUGCAGCCGCCCUCACAGCAGCGCCCCUCUACAAGCACAUCAUUACUCUCAGAGACCCACAGGCUCUGAGUUCAGUCCUCAUGCCUACAGCACUGGUCACAGUGUUCAGCUGUGGAAAAACAUCAGCGGGAAAACUCAACUUGCUGGAGGAGGUCAUCCUGCUGCCCACUGUGGCACGUACCACCAGACAGAUCGUUCAGAUGGGUCUUGAUCUUCAGAGAGAGGUCAGAAGAAUCGCUUCUACAGCUGCUGGGAAAUCCGGGCCUGCAGUGGCGGGUGUGUCAGAUACGGGGGCUCUUCAGCUGGGAUUUGACCGUCCCGAACAGGCUCUGGAUUUGCUGAUGGAAGCCUGCACCAACUUAGAUCUGCCAAUCGGCACAGACCUCCGGCUGCUGCUAAACCUCGCUGCUCACACACUCAUGGACUACCCCAAGGGGAAGUACGAGGUGAUGUCGGGGACCCUGAAGUCUCCAGACGAGCUGGUGGAUAUGCUGGUGGGGCUGGUUAAUAAAUACCCAGCCAUCGUCGGCCUCAUCGACCCCUUAAGAAAAGAGGACGUGGAUCAGUGGCAGACGCUGAGCUCUCUCCUCGGCCAGACCUGCGUUCUGAUCGCAGACGCCUCACACAGUCCUCACCAACAGUGGCAGGAGGCCAGGCCGCCACCCCCCAGUGUCACGUGGGUCACUCUCGGGCAGCGCAGUGAGAUGACCCUCACAGAUCUCCUCCAUGCCGUCAGAGAACGAACAGAUGUUGAGACCAUUCUAGCACUGAGCAGUGAAGACAUGGGUGAUGUCUCCAUGGUGGACGUGGCUGUAGGUCUGGGCGUCUCAUACAUUAAGCUGGGUGGACUCGACGGCUGUGAAAGGAUGAAUAAGUACAAUCGUCUGCAGAACAUAGAGCGGGAGCUGCAGGAACAGGGCAUUCUGGCGCGGACGAGGGAGGUGAAGCUGCCGUGUGUGAUCAAACCGGAGGAGUUAACAGAACACUGACGGAUCAGACGGCUUGUGUUCCAUCACGCUCCGGUCCCACAAGACAGAAACGACGCCGCUGUUGAAUCCUCAAUUCCGAUUGGCCGGAACGUGCCGAUUCAUUUCGCUCCCUGCAAGGCAAAUCGGAACAGAAACACAGUCAGUACAUACACGUUCAUACGUCCAGUCGGUGGGUAGCACUGUCGCCUCAUAGCGAGAACAUCCCGGGUUCGAUUUCCUGUGUUCCCUGAGUUUGCAUGUUCUUCCCAGGACUACCUGUCCUGUCAUGAAUGGAACCAAAGUGUAAAACAUCACCUUCAUAUCCUAAUAAAUAUAAAUAUAUAAAUAAA